AUGGCCUUUGUCCAGCCCGGCUGCCCGGCUAGGUUCGCCUACCAGAAUGAGCAUCGUGUCAAAGGGCUCAACGCAGAAACCCUAGCGAGGGUCUUCCUUCCCACGCCCUCAUGGCUCCUUAAUAUUUCCAUAUACAACCAACAGAUAAUCUCCUCGGAAUGGACCGAGCAAUGGUUCUUCAUGGUCGGCCGUGUUCAUCCCUUUGCCCUGACGUGGGAAAUCGAGCGACGUGAUGGCUUGGAGUCGGACGAUGAUAACAUCACAGAAUACACCGUCCCCGCGCUUAUAGUCCGCGAUCACAGCUACCAACCCUCGGUGGAUACUUUCCCAACGAUACAACCCAUUGUCUCCUUCACGGGACCUGUCAUCGGCUCCGGCCGCGACCUCCUGCAUGGAAACUCGGCUGCGGCCCUUGACGACACCCAGCUGAGCUGCUGCGGCUUUGUCCAGCUCUCCACCUUUAUUUGUCCUGGGAUUCCCGGCAAAACCCCCUUCAAGGGCUUUCACCCCUUCCAAGUUUUCGUCAUCUUCCCCAUUCACGCUAAUCCUUGGACCUCCCUAUGCAAGAAGAUGACCGAGAGGCGCGACAGCCAGUUCCAGUCGAACACUCUCUUCACCUGUACGGGCAAAAUCGCCGGCUUACUGGAUCACCAGAUCAUGAAACAUGCCCCGGCUUUCGACCAAGACUAUAUCUUCAUCGUCGUCCCCGACACGUGGACUUUCCACGACAAGGCCAUGUCCGACCAGGCUUCUGCAACACAACUACUGCCGACGACACCCAAGAGCGCGGUCGGCAAUCCCUCGGACUAUAGCGUUGCGUUGGCCAGUCGAUCCCCUUAUGCUGGCAUCAAGUCGGUCAUUGCCCGAUCCCUACCAAACCCCAACCAAGAGACCGCGACUUUCUCCCGAAACUUCCACCAUAAUCACCGACUGUGA